CCUCAUCUCUUCCCCGCUCCUCACUCAUCCUCGCUCUGUUCUCUCCGCCACUCCUCAACCCCUCCCUAUUCCCCCACAUUCUCCCCUCUCACCCCUUCCAUCACCUCUGCUCUUCUCCCCCACCCCCGAAACUCACCAAACAAAACUCUCCCAUCUGCUCCUCUCUUCCCCUCCCCGUUUCCCGGGUAACCGCAGGUUCCAAGGUCAGGCCCAGUCCUCGGGUUCUCCUGUCGCCUCCUCCGCCGCUUCCCGCCCCGGACGGACUCCGGGGAAGGAGUCGCCCGCUCCCGAGAUGCUGAGCAGACUGAGUGCCCUACUGCAGCAGGCCGUGGAGACGGAAGAAGAGCCUAUUCAGCUGCUAGAGUCCUUCAUCAGUCACUGGAAAGGAAUCACCAAUUAUUACAUUGUGACCACAGAUGAAAACCUCCCAGUGAGACAAACAGACAUCCCAUGGCACCUAAGGCAGAUGGUGGAUAUACUUAUUUACGAGGAGAAGCAGAGUGGAUCAGGAGAGACGGGUCCAUGUAUGGAAUAUUUCUUACAGCAUAAGAUACUGGAGACACUCUGUACUCUAGCCAAGGCUGGGUAUCCCCCUGGCAUGAAACAGCAGGUACUGGUCCUUGCCACCAAACUCCUAGGGCAAAUUCAGCAGCCAUUACUGCCUCAUAUCAAUGUGCACCGGCCUGUCCAGAAAUUGAUAUGCUUGUGUGGUGAGGACCCUGCAUCCAGAACAGAAAAGGAGGAAGUGCAAUUCCUAACCAUGGUCUGUACGAAACUAAAACAGCAUCCUUACCUGAUGAACUUCUUCAUGGAGAAGAAGAAAUUUGCUAAUUCCAGAAGAUCAUUGUCAUGUUCCUCUGAGAAGACUGAAAUUAAACAACAGGACACUGAUUCUGCAGUAGUAUCAGCAUCGAGUUUGGCUCCAGAGGCUAGUUCAUCGCAUGCUGACCAAUGUAAAAGUCCUGUCUGCCUCAGUACUGAGGAUAGAGGCUCUCAGCUGGAAAAGAACCUGCUUCAUGCUAUACUAACUGUGACCUCAAGUCAGGAAAAACGAUAUGCAUUGAAGGCCUGUGAAAGCUUGCUCUUGUUGGUCACGUUACCAGACGAAGUGGCAGCAAGAUACGUGGUUGAAGGCACAGCGUUAUGUAGCAUGCUGGCUAACAGACUGUCUGAUCUUUACAAGCUAAUACCAGAAUCCAUUGACCCAGGACAAAUUGAGUCGCUGGAAAGAGUUAACUGGCGGUCACAAGAUAUUACCUCUAAAGGCGAGGAUGCAGAAUCAUUUCCAGGAAAAGAGGCGAUGGUUGCUUUCUUCGCGUGGCUGGACUAUUGUGAUCAGCUGGUGAGGGAAGCCCAUAAGUUAACAGCUGCUGCUGUAGCCCAUGAGAUCAGGAAACGCUUCUUCUCCGAAGUCCUGGAACCACAACUGCUGCAGGUGUCUGAGAUCGGAAUCCUCUCCUCCACUGCACUGCUAAUGGGAAUCCUCGCACACGUCACCUCUCCUCAGUUACUGGAUGAACUGGUCCAUUUUCUGUUGGGGAAUGAAAGACAACCGGAGGUUCCGGUGGAUUCAGGCUGUCACCCGCUGCGUUCCCAGCUAAUUAAGCGUUGCAACCACUUGUCGGAUGAGAUCAGUAUGGCCACUCUCAGAUUCUUCGAAGAGCUCCUGCAGAAAUCACAUGAACAUAUCAUUUAUAAUCUGGUACUCCGGAACUUCUGUGACCGUAGAUACAUCAUGCACAACACUGGACAUGAGGAGGGGACCGCAGACAGCGAACAUGUGGAUGAGCCAGAAGAAUUGGAAGAUGAUCCUUUCUUCACUGAUAUCUACCUAGGGAGCAGAUACCCAGCGUCAGACUGGCUUGUUGCACCAGCAGCAUCACAGGCAGCUGCAAAGACUAAUGGAAAACCAGAGGUCAACAGGAUAGUACACAGCUUUCUUUGUCUUGUUCCUGAUGAAGUAAGAACAUCACAUCUUGUGACAGGAUCUGGCUAUGACACUUAUCUCGUGGAUGCUCAUCAGCUGUUCCAGGGGUGCUGGGCCAAUGUCAGAGGCUGGAAGUGGCCAGCUGACUACCAUUCCUCGACAAGCCAUUCGCCUGUGGUAUUUUAUGAAGGAGACUUCCUGAAGAUGCUGUUCGACAGGAUGACGCAGAUCUUGCACCAGCCUUAUGACCUGAAUUUGCAGAUAACGUCUGUGAUUUCAAAAGUUGCACUCUUCCCUCAUCCUCACCUCCAUGAGUAUUUGCUGGACCCGUUUAUUAACCUGGUUCCCGGCUGCAGGUCUCUCUUCUCUAUCAUCGUCCGAGUAAUUGGUGACCUCAUGCAGAAGAUACAGAGAAUCCCACAGUUUGAUAACAAAUUACUUCUCCUCAGAAGGCAGCUGAUGGGAUUAGAACCUGAAGACAUGUUGGAUCAUGCAAUGUUACUAAAAGGAGUGAUUGUCCUAGAGGAAUUCUGCAAGGAGCUGGCUGCAAUAUCAUUUGUUAAAACGUCAACAGAACCUGACUAAACCGAGAUAGGUUGGGAUUGUGGACACGAUUGAACUAUGUUACCGAAUGAAGUGCAUCUGUUUCCUCUUCGCCACAGUAUGGACCUUCCGUCCACUAGGAUUUGCAUUGAGCAGUUGGACUUCUUGUCACUGUGCUUUUUAAUUCUUCUUUGUCCUGAGAUAAAUAUCCUGAACUUAGCUUGCACCUAUGAGUGGGUGAGCUGUAUCGUGCUGGGAAUAAGGACUUGUUACUCAACUUUCAUCAGUGGAACUCAAUUUGCACCAAGACCAAAUGUUGGUCUCCUGAAUGAUGCUCAUCACAACACUCACUCCCUAAACAUCUCUUCUCAGUUUUUCCCAUCCUUUCUUUACUCCCCUCCCCUUUCUGGAUUUUAAUUGUACAUUGUUAUUAACUGACAAUGUGCCCUGACUCAGAACGCACAAACUAUAAGAUUAUAUAAAAUAAUCUGAGUGAAAUGUUUCAACAUUUCCAAAUUGUCUGAGAAUAUAUAAAUGCAAGUCUUAUUUGUCUUUAAAAAUGAAUUAAUUACACUGGACAGCAAAUUU